ACAUAACAAUCCACCAGAAUAAUAAGAAAAAUUAAAUAUUUACAUAACCUAGAAAUCUGCUGAUGGAUAAAAAUAAAUAUUUGAAUAAAAUUGAUGAUAAAUAUCGAUUAAUCGAAUUAGUGUGAUAUAAGAUUUAAUUAAUCGAAAUUAAUUUUUUACUCGCCAUGGAUAAGAAAAAUGAUAAACGUGAGCUACCUUCUGCUCUGAAGAAGAUUUUGGACACUGAUGUCUACAUAACCAAUGCCUUCGUUAAAAAGGUCGAGAAUUUAAUGCCCAUGAAGCAGCUGAAGAUGCACUAUCGUGCUCUGGAGAUCACUGCGCACACGAUUCCCUGGCUGGCUGGCUGGUUGGCAUUCAUCUGGAUCCUGGGGAGCAAAAGCCUGUACCAGAUGCAAGUUAAUUUAUUCAUAGGCCUUUUGAUAGACAUUGUAGCAGUUGCUGUUUUGAAAGCCGCGACCAGAAGACGAAGGCCUGCUAAGAAUGACGACCCGUUUGAAAUGGGUCCGGAUAAAUACUCAUUUCCUUCUGGACACGCGUCGAGGGUGGCAAUGCUGACGUAUUUCUUUAUCAACCUUUGGCCAGUUCCCAUUUUCUUCAUGCCCCCUCUGCUGGCCUGGUCCACUGCUGUCUGUGUUUCCCGGGUUCUGCUUAAGAGACAUUACAUCCUGGACGUUCUUGGUGGUGUCUGUCUGGGAAUUUUCACGGGGAUCUUCCUGAGUCUCAUUUACUUGGAGCAGGACACUUGUAUUUACAUUAUCUCCUGGUUGACGGAUGAGAAGCUCGAGGGUGGUGAGUUCCAUGUUUGAUUACAGUUACCAGGAAAAAUGUUAUAUAUUUUAUAAGAGUGACGGAAUUUAAUAAACGAUCAAUUGUAUUUUAUAUAAACUAGAAAUUUGAAGAUCAAUUUUUUGUGACUCAGUUGGAAUGUCUUAGAGUUUUAAACCAAAGCUUGAAUAUUAAAAUAUAAUUAUUUUAUAGAACAAAGACAAUAAAACUCGGGGUUGGGUAAAUUAAUGAAAUUAUUUUUAAUUAUACAGUUUCUUAGAGAUAUUAGUUUGUGUUGAUUGCUUGUGUCUAGACAUAUAUUUUGUGAUAAAUCAUUUUUAUUAGAAGCAGUAAAUGUGUGAAUAAAGUUUUGAGAUUUGUCACUUGAUUAAUUUAUCAUGAUAAUAAAAUUAUUUUUUCAUUUAAAUAUUUUUUUUUUUAAUGACAACUCCGUCCCGGUUCCAUAACAACUGACCCCCGACAAGUAAUCACACGAUAAUUGAUCCCACUGACAAAUCCAUAAAAUAAUCAAUCAUUAAUUAAUUACUAUGACAUGAGUAAUUAAAAUUCACUGUUGUAAAUAUAAAAAGUUAAAUUAUGUAAAUUAGUUGUUGAUAAAAAUCAAUUGACGGUCAAUUGUUGAUGGGAUCAGAUGUCGGUGGGAUCAAUUUGUAGGGAUCACUUGUCGUGGUAUAAAAUUUUUGAAUCAAUUGACGGCACCCUCUGUCCCAAGUGUGACAGAAAAGUAGUUGACUUUUUUUAAAAUUAAACUCAAUAAUUAAUCAAAUUAAUUGUUUAUUGCCGUGAGUUUAACAAAAAGUAUAUUUUUUAUUUUGCCGCAAGAAAAAAAUUUUUUGCACCCGAAAUCCUUUUUUUCUGUGUAGCGCCAAAUCCGUCUAUUCAAAAAAUUUCCCGGGCAAAAAUCAUGAAUAUCAAAUUUUUCAAUUUUUUUCCGCUGAAAUUUUUCUAGAUCCCUUAGAUUUAAAUUUCUGUUUCAUCGUUUGAAUUUUUUCAUUUGAUUUAAAUUCCCAAUGGAUUAUUUUUGGUUGAAAUAAAGAAAAAAUGACACAAGUUAUUUAAUUUAUUUUAUUUUAUAAAUAAUAAAUUAUAAAGAAUGUAAAUUUUGACACAUAAAUUAUUCAUAUAUAUUUUAUUUCGUGUUGUAUUGUCAUCUCUAUACCUUUGAUUGAUAAAUUAUUAAAACUUGCAUUAGCUAACAAUUGCGUGUUAAAUAAAAAGAUCUAUAAACUGUUAAACAAAAUCAUUACUCAGCAAAAGAAUUUAUCUUGAUAAAAUUAUAGCGAGUUUUUAUAGCUGAGACAAAACAUAGCUCUUGAAUUAUUCCUGAAAUAUUAUUAUAUUUUAAAUAAAUAUAUAUAUAUAUUUAUUAUUAAUAUAUUAAAGUAAAUAUUUAAGAUAAAUGCCAUUAAAUCUAGUGUCUUUUUGUACUCGAUACAAUGGUUCUAAUUAUAAAUACACAAAUAUAUAUAAUAAAUAAAUAUAUAAUUAAAAUUCUAAUGACAUUAUUGUAAUAUUAAUUAAUCAAUAAGUAUAUAAUCUAAGCAAUAUAUAUAUAAAUCUAUUCUAAAAAAUAAUAACUAGCAUUGGUGCCCCGCCUAGAGGUGCCGUGUGCUAAAUAUUUAAUUAAGUACUGAUUAGAUAAUUGAUGAUUAGCUGAAAAAAAAACUAAGUAGUAAAGUAUUAAAACAGAGCCUGCACAGCCAGAAUUGAUGAUAUUUUAAUAUUUGAUUAAAUAAUUAUUAAUAAUUGAAUAAAAUAACCAACCGAUGACAAUUUCACGGUCAACUUCCCCACAAAUUUCAUUACGAGCUUAAUAAUUAAUCAAUUAAUUAGUCUACGCGUUAAUUUAAACGGUGUCCUGCAAAUCUACCACAGAGGCGAGUGAUAAAAUUUGAGAUCCAAGUGUCCAUUUUGAUUGCCAUUUACUUCUUGAGCACAAGAUGGCGUCGUCUUUAUACCCGCAGGUGUUUUUUCAUCAGAAUGAACGGACAUGAAAUUCUGAGUUGAGUUUUUUGAUUUAGACAUUGGCUGGGGUGUCUGACGUCCACUUGGAGCCGCCGAUUGGGUCAUUGAUCGAUCAGUAGAUCGUGAUUUUGUCACAGGACGUUCAUUAGAUCCUGAAUGACUCAUAGGACGUUCAUUGGACGACGACUGAGUCAUGGGACGUUCAUUGGACGAUUGAGUCAUAGGACGUUCAUUAGACGACUGUGUCAUGGGACGUUCAUUGGACGCUUGAGUCAUAGGACGUUCAUUGGAUGAUUGGGUCAUAGGACGUUCAUUAUUUCCUGAUUGAGUCAAAGGACGAUCACCGGAAUUCAUUCGCUGAGACAUCGGGCGCCUGUUGGGUGUCGAAUAAGGCGUCGGAGCUUCUAAUUGUUCAUUAUCGUAAUUACGUACAGCUUCUGCUGGAAUUUCACGAGAAAAUGGCGUACAUUGAGGCUCAGCAGCUGGUGUCGGUACAGUAGACAUUUCAUUAUUACGUUGCUUCUGUUCUGUCUCUGAGUAAAGACUCAGUGAACGUGGACGUUCCAAUUUCGGGCCGGGUGUUGACGGGAUAUCACUAAAAAAUUAUUAUGAUGACGGAAAUUUUUUUUCAUCAUCUUACAGCACAAUUUUCACUCGUUAUACAAAAGUCUGUUUUAUAUUUAUCAAUAAUUAAUUAAUUGACAUAAAUUACGAUCACAAAAUGCAUGAGCGGGAAAAAGGAGGGGGUUUAAAAUAAAUAAAUAAAUAAUUGGCAAGAAAAGCGGUUUUAAUAAAUAAAAAAUAAUAAUAAGCACAUUGAUGACAUCAAUUAUUAAAUUAAAAUUCAUAUUUACA